AUACACGUGUUCCGGUUGAACGAAUUCUCGGAUGAUCGGUUGGUGCAGCGAUCCCGGAUCGACGUGAAGGAGCGUCGGAUCGAGAAAACGCGCGGUUGCCAUCUGUACGCGAUCUCGCGUGCUGGUGAAGCGCAUCUGCGGAUGGCCGUUGCCGUCGGAAGGAAACUGUUGAUCUACCAGUGGCGCCAUACGGCCGCCUGGACUUCCUGGUGUCCCAAUAGUGACAAUGAUACGGUGGAAGGCUUCCUUUUCCUCAAGGAGAUUCAUCUGCAUGAUUUACCGACCAUCAUGACGAUACUGGAAGGUUCCUGUCCGAAUGCGGGUCUAUUGAUUUGUGUCGGUUAUCGGCAUCAUUUCGAGAUCGUAUCGGAGCUAACCGGCCAUGCUACGAAGCUACACGAAACCGAUACACUGAAGCGCUCCCAAACGCACCUCGUAGCGGCGUUGGAUCUCUACGAUGGACAGGAUACGGAGAUACUGCUCUGCUACAACCAUACUUGCCACUUCCAGAAGCUAUCGGAAGAGUGUAACAACAGUACGGAGUUUGACUUUCAGUUCAACACACCGCCGACGUCGGUCGUUUGCGCCUUUCCCUACAUUAUCGCCUUUACGCCGGAUACGAUGGAGAUCCGGUUGCUGGUGAACGGGAAUCUGGUGCACACGGUGACGAUGGCCGAGCUGCAGCUGAUUACCUCGAAGAAGGACAUCUUUUUCGUGACGACUGCGCCCGAGUUUAUUCCCAAAGGUGCCAAAUUGCGCGGUCUCGAUGCUGAGGAUCACGAGCAGCAGAUGAGCAAACCACGGAUCGAGGAAUGUCGGGUGAUGCCGGAAGAUGAUUCAUCGUCUGCCAGUCCGGGCCGUAGUCGGCUGUCCUCGGACGAAGACGGAUCGCCGUCGGGCGUGACCGAAGAGACGGUUUCUGAGCAGGGUAAGGAGGGUAGUUCCGGUUGCUCACUGACCACACCGCAGAUACAGCGAGCGAAAUCGCUUCAAAAUCCCAAACCCGAAUCGGAGAUGGCGACCGGUGGCAAAGCGAAGGAGGUAACACUGUCCGUGGAUGAUCUGAAGCGACCGAUGUCGAAGAGCAACUCGUACGGCGAGGCUGGUUCCUCGUUUUCCAUUCCAACCACCACGUGCAGUAAAGAUCUGGCGAAACAUUUUGGGGCGCAACCACUACCGAACACGAAAGACCUUUGCCGCCAUUUCGGUGAAGCGUCCGUACCACCGAACUCACCGCGGAACAGUACGAUCGUGAAGGGUACCUCACCCAGCUCACCGACACGGAAGUCCUUCAUCCGUCAGCCGACGCUGAAUCUGGGUAAAUCCCUGCCAGCCGACGGUGAAACGUCCCCCUCGAAUGGUGGCACCGGUGGCAGCAGUAAUAAGCCACUGCGCGUGUACCGAAUUCCGCUUACCAAUCUAACCGGAACGCACGUCCAGUCCCACCACUAUCACUAUCCGAGCAAUGAUCCAGCCAAAAAACCGACCGCCAUCGCCACAAAGAUGCACCCGAGUGCGGCCAUUGCGGCGGCCGUCGUUACACGGCCAAGCGAGAGUGCCCAGGAGCGGGUACGGCAGCUGCAAUCCUCGAACGAGGAAGAUGAGGAAGGUCUUCUGCCCAGCCCCUGUGAGAUGGGACCAACGGGGACGGCGUCCGGUGCGGUCGAGUGUGGUGCUGAGGCGUGUGAGGACGGUAGCGUCCCAAGGCCAGCGAUGAGUAUCUUCGAUCAGAUCCAGCAGGAUCUGCAGGAGCUCAGCAUGAAGGACAAGCUGGAGCAGGAUGAUCUGCGUAACUCCGUACUGACACCGCUGUAGACCGCGUGUGUAGCGGUUUUUAGCGUAAGAAGCUCUUUAGCAUCUCUUCACAAGCACAAACUGAACGAAAUGCGCACAUCAUUGUUACAAAAAAUAAACCAGAGUGUAGUUUACGCGAUCAAUACUCACACACACACACACGCUCCAUAUAGUCGUGAAUAUCUACUAGUCUCCCACUAGCUGCCACAGUUGAACCCAAAAAGGAUUGUGAAAACCACACAUUAUAUGUUAAGAGAAAAGAGGUUGGAAAUACAAAAAAACAAACCAUGGUUUCAAGCUAUGCUCUUUCGACGAAAGCAAAACGGUAUAACUGACUGACUGGAUUGAGGUACGCGGAGCGGUACAUGUUUGCCAAAGAACGUUACGGAAGUAAAUGAAAGUGCAAACAAGCCAUGGCCACAAAGCAUAGCAAAAGUUAUGCGUGCCCUUAUUUGCGUUUGGUGCGAGGACGGCGAGAAAAUCAAAAAUAUCAUAAGCCGAUUUCACUUUCUAUGGUUUGCAUCGUGACACGACAUCGAAAUGGUUCGUGGUUCCGAAGGUGGUGACCGAUCGCCUAGAAUGAUCAAUUCAAUUGAGCCCCCUGAAUUGAUUGCAAUUCAACGCAACCGCGUGCAACGCACACACCACACACACACACACACACACACACACACACACCAUCCACCUCCGGGACACACGGCAGCUGCAUCGGAACCAUGAACCGAUUUCAAUGGCUUCCCUCCUUCGAUUAUUUCCCGCUCGCGCCCAUCUGUGGUGCGAGAGUACCGCCCCUCAUCGUAUCUACGCCGUUAGUCGGAGGAGAUAGUGUGCUACAAAAUACAGCUAAAAAUAAUUACAAUAGAGUGUUACAAUAUAUAACUGCUAGUUCAUUGUAUUGCAGCAAGUGUUAAACCCGAGAGCAAACGGGCAUCGCUCACGCCCGAAUGGAUCGUAUAUCCCGCUGGAAUUAGAAUAGACCUGAAGAGUAUUCAGUCCGCGGGAAGGGAAACUGUUGCCGUGCCGAGGUUGAUCCUAUGCAAACGGCUCGUGACUAAUUAAGCUUAAGUCAGAGAGGGUUAAUCGUUAUUUAUCAAUCGGACCGUGAGCGAGAAACGCAUCCCAUCCAGGGAUGAACACUACCAGGAAGGAUAUAUUAAGACAGUUAUUCGCGAGACGUUGCGAGAUAUAUGUAGUUGGUUAGCAGACGUAUAAAUCUAUGCGCAAUGCCCAGGAAUUUCCCCGCGUGAACCCACGACGGCAAUGACUGGUCGAAUGUUUAGGAGGUUUCUAGUCGCCUUUCACGUCCCUUGGCGAUGAUCGCAUUGGUUUGAGAAACAAAGGGAGAGAGAAACAACGGAAAGAAACCAUUCGUGGCAAACAGGCCACUUUGCGUGUUAAGCAGCAAGCAGCAGCAUUGUGAACCAAAGAGCAAGGACGUGUGCCAGUUAUCUUUCUCCAAUGACCUGUUAUUAUUUACAAUAAUUGAAAAUACAAAAGCCAUUUAUCGUAGACGAUGCGAUC